AUGGAGUGGAUUGGCAGCACCCUGGCAGCCUGCACAAGGCUGUCUCCUCAUCACCACACCCUUGCCUAUGGGGACAAGGACGCAUUCGUCAUAGUCCGCCAGUUCCGGCCCGCAGUCUACGCGGCCAAGUGCCGCGAAGCGGCCGAGAAGGGGCAUCCGCAGCCGCCCAAGGACUCGGGCUUUACGUUUGAGCUGUGCGCGGGGCUGGUCGACAAGGGCGGCAAGUCCCUCGAAGAAAUCACGUCAGAGGAGAUCGAGGAGGAGUGCGGCUACCGGGUAGCCGCCUCGCAGCUGCGCCACGUGACGUCGGCGGUCUCGAGCAGCGGCACGACGGGCGCGGAGCACCACAUAUACUACGCGGCGGUCGACGAGGCCGGCCGCGUGGGCGAGGGCGGCGGCCUCAAGGGCCACGGCGAGGCGAUCGAGGUGCUGGCGCUGCCCUUUGAUUCGGCGCUCGCGUUUGUGCUGGAUGCGGCGCUGCCCAAGUCCCCCGGGCUCAUGUUCGGCAUCACGUGGGCGCUCCACGCGCUGCGGUCGGGGGAGGUGGCCGGGCGCGCCGCGGGGGCGGAGACGGGGCCGCUGGAGCUCAGAUCGGUAUUGCCGUCUUGA